AUGUCGAAUAUGACCUCAAAUUGCUUUUUUUUUUUUUUUGCCAAAAAAUCGAUGUUUAAAACUAAAACAAAAUAUGCCCAAAAAAAUAAACUUUUACCCCAUAAUCCACAUUAAACUUUUAUUAUUAUUAGGUUAUUGAGUGGAUAAAUUGGCUAAAUAAUGUUAAUAUAAUCUCAACAUUUUGUUAAAACCCAUUAUGUUUAGCCUAACUUGAAACUCUAAUCCAAUUGUUUGAUAGAUCGGUGUCUGUGCAUCAUUCAUUCAAAAGGGUAUUUGAUAGUACAAUCAUUGCAUUUUCUGGUUAGUAUGCUAGACUACAUGAGCAUAUCCAUCUUUUGCAUCUAAAAAGGCGUUAUAAAAAUUAGUAUCAUACUAAGUCGAAGUAUGAGAUGUUAAAUUUUAGGAUCCUUUGCUGCUAGUGUGUAAGUUUGCAAAGACCAUCAUUCACCUAAGUUACUUCAGCUAUGCAACCAGCCUAAUUUGAACUAAAGACAUCGUUAGUAUUUCAAAAAUUAAACAAUCUACAUCUUAGUAGAGUAUAUCUCAUAAAUAUUUUCAUUGAAAAAUUUCCUCAUUAUUGUAUAUUUUGUUACUAAUUACUCAAUAAAGUUCAUCAAUACUCCUUUCUAAAAUCUUUCGCCAUAUCUAAUUAAACGAGCUACUUUAUAAUAUAUAUUUGUAUUAUUCUCAAUCUAUAAAUCUGUUUUAUUUGAACCUAACCAUUACCCAUUAGUGAGAUUAUUUACUAAAUAAUACAUCAGCUUGAUGCAUUUUUAAAUAUUAGAUGAAAUUUCAGAAAAAAUUACAGCAUACAAAUUUAAUUUUCCAAAUUUGAAGGACAUAAAGAAAUAAAUAUUUAAUUUAAGAUGA